UACAAGAAACACCUAGAAAAAAGCUUCUAAAAAUACCUAGUACUCAACAGAAAAAAAUGGAUUGUAGCCGGAGGUCUAAAUCAGCUAAGGCAGGUCCAAAAUUGGAGAGAAAGUAUGUGGAGAAACAUAGAAGGAUUUAUAUGAAGUAUCUCAUUAACCAGCUAUAUUCCAUGAUCCCUGCUCAUGCCUCUACGUCUAAGGACCCAGUGGCAGUGCCUGAUCAAGUACAUGCAGCAGAGAAGUACAUAGCUAGCUUAGGUAAGAAAUUGGAGAAGAAGAAGAAGCACUUGGAACAAUUGAAAAUGGGCACAAAGAAAGCUAAGUCACCCCCUCAGAUCGAAUUCCAUGAAAUGGGCCCAAACAUGGUCGUGGUUCUGAUAACUGGCCUUGAUAGUUUAGCCACUUUUAAUAACAUCAUUCGAUUAUGCCAUGAGGAAGGUGUUGAAGUUGUGUAUACCAGCUUUCAACUCAAUGGAAACUCUACACUGCAAAUUUCUCAUGAAACUAAGGUGCAUAUAAACAGAAGUUCAACAAUGGAAUUUAGAGCUACAACUCUGUGUGAUAAGAUGAAGGAAUUAAUUUAUGGACCAUCUUGCGGCAAUGAUAUGGAAUCCCAACUACAUUUAUGGGACUACAUAAUUAAAUCUGGACUGAAAGAAUUUGAUGCACUGGAGUUAUUACCAACAACAAGUCAAAAUCCAAACAUGCAUUCUGGACUGAUAGAUUUUGAUGCACAGGAGUUAUUGCCAACAACAAGUCAAAAUCCAAACAUGCAUGGCUACAUGCAAAACGUUCAAGAAACCCCUAGCUCUUUGUGGAACUGGAACAGUUUUUCAUUUGGGCAUGGAAACAAUUGAGAUGUAAAUUUUCAUCUCCUUGUUUA